AUGCCAUCCAGACUGAGAAAGAACCGGAAACUUCAGGGCCACGUGAGCCAUGGCCACAGCCUCAUCAGCAAGCACCAGAAGCACUUAGGGGGCUGGGGUAAUGCUGGUGGCACCCAUCACCACAGGAUCCAAUUCCACAAAUAUCACCCAGGUUAUUUUGGAAAAGUUGGUCUGAGGCAUUCCCACUUAAAGAGGAACCAGAGCUUCUGCCCAACGGUCAGUCUUGAUGAACUGUGGACGUUAGUCAGUGAGCAGACAGGAGUAAGUGCUGCCAAAAACAAGACCAGAGCUCCUCCUAACAUUGAUGUGGCACGAUCGAGCUACUACGAAGUUUUGGGGAAGGAAAAACUCCCCAAACAGCCUGUCCUUGUGAAGUCCAAAUUGUUCAGUAGAAGAGCUGAGAAGAUUAAGAGUGUAUGUUGGGGCAGGGGGGGCUGUGUCCUGGUAGCUUGAAGCCACAUGGAGGGAGGUUCAUUAAAUGCUCACAAGUGCUUUAAAAAAAACGAAAGAAAGAAAAGAUCACUUAGAACUAUUUGUGGAUGGUACACUCUCCUAAGUUCUUGCAUGGCUGUAAACAACUUUCUGUUACAGCUUAAGUAGGCUCUCAAAAUUUUGUUGAUGAUGCUUCAGUGUCUUCUGACAAUUAGCAUUACAGGAAAAAGGUCUGAUACCAGCCUGAUCUUUUAAAAUUAUUUUAUCAUUGGUAACUUCUUUUCCCCCUGCCUGGGUGAGUUUAUGAUUCUCUUUCUAAUCUUUGUGUUAUCCUAGGGUUUUUUUUUUUUCAUUUCAAAGUAAGAGAUUUAUUUCAUUAUCU